UGAACAAGAUUAGAGAAACGCUUCUUCCAUCGUUUUCAUUCCAUUCAGGGGCUGCCCUAGAGCUAAAGCCCGUGCCAGGACAAGACUGGUGUGAUCUAGGAAGAAACAACUUCGUCAUUCAAUCAUUCAGCAUGGAUAUCCUUUGCCAGAUUCUGGGUCUACUUUUCCUCAUGGUACUUCAGGCAGAAUCCAUGAGCUUAGGAUGGGAUGAGGAAUCUUUGACAGAAGGAGGCCAUGAUGUGGAUUGGGUGGGAUAUGGCAGUAAUUUAGGAGCUCCUUCUGUAGACCAGCCAUGGUCAGAGGACAACUGGAGGGAUACUUGGUAUAAUGACAAUGAAGCAGUUCUAUUGGAGCCUGGGGAAACUGCAACAUUCUCCUUCACUUUUGGGAACCAAGAAGCAUCGAAGUACGUGGAAUACAAGAUCUCCAGUGUUAGAACUCUUUCUUCUUAUUCAUCUCUGGUGUUCACCUGUGACAUGAAGUCUCUGUGGAAUUCGUCAGACUGCAGCAGUGGAAAAGUGACGAUAGGUUACGGACAAAAGACCUUGAGACUUUGCAGUGAAGCUCAUUCCGUGAAGGACGAACAGGCCGAAGACUUUCUGAGGAUUUUGGCUGAGAAUAUACUUCCAUCUUAUGGAAACAUCCACUGCAGAAUUUACGCUAAUUGUGAUGGUAGCUCUAACUCACCUGUUCUUCUUCAUACUGUAAUGACAACAAUGACCAAUGUAAUGUGCAAAAAGAUGUUUUCUCCUACGUUUUUCAUUCCUGAUGAGGAAAUUUGUGCUCGUGCCUCUGGAAAAAGCCAAGGCUUGUCCCGUUGA